AUGGGAAGUACAGCAGUGCAAAAAGGAUUACUAGCAAUAAGCAUUUUGCUAAUUUUCAUUGGUCUUGGAUUUACAUUUGCUGGUGUAUUCUCACCAGCAUGGCAGGUGGUUGACAUUCGUGAAUUUCGAGCUGAGCAUCAACAUGGCUUAUGGUGGGAUUGUACUCGAGCCGAGAAGCAUGUCGUUGCGGUGGCUGAUUUCUAUGCAGAAGAACCACUACAUUGUAUGUAUAAAUUUGAUCGUAGUGCUGAAAUGGUAAUUGAAAAUACAUUAAAUAAUAUUGAUGAAGAUGGAGCUGCUGGUGAAUCUGAACAUCAUCGAUUCUGGGCAUGGCAUAAAGCAAUUCUUUUUUUCAUACUUUUCUCGCAAUUUCUUGCAUUUAUUUCAUUGUGCACUGGUGUUUGCAUACCUUGCUUUCGACCUACAGCAUUUAUCUUCACUCUUUCACUCUUUAUAGCUGUGUUAUUUUCAUUAAUUGCUGAUGGCGUUUUCUUCCUAGCAGCAAAUAGAGUUGACAAUCGUUUUGUGCAAGGAAUGGUUGGCAGCUAUGAACAACGAAUCGGUUAUGCAUUCUAUGUGCAUUUGAUUGGUACACUCUGUUGGAUAGUUGCAUUUCUGUUUGCACUGCUUACGACGUACAAAUUUUUCACGGAACGAUACUCUUCGCGUACCGGCGUACAUUUUCGUUCCGAUGCUGAUCCACCACUUCUGGAAAAAUACAAUGUGGUACCGUCUAGGCCAUCACCGCCAAUAACUUAUGUCCGCGAACAUACCUAUCGAGUUACCAGUGCCUAA